AGCAGCGGGUUUGGGGCUUCUCCUGCCCGUCCCCUCCUGUCCCCGCAGUGUCUGGACGCCAGCCGCCCCUGGCUCUGCUACUGGAUCCUGCACAGCCUGGAGCUGCUGGAGGAGCCCAUUCCCCAGGCGGUCGCCUCUGACGUCUGCCAGUUCCUGAGUCGCUGCCAGAGCCCCCAGGGCGGCUUCGGGGGGGGCCCCGGCCAGCACCCCCACCUCGCCCCGACCUACGCCGCCGUCAACGCGCUCUGCAUCAUCGGCACGGAGGAGGCGUUCGGCGUCAUCGACAGGAAGAAGCUCCUGGAGUACCUGCACGCGCUCAAGCAGCCCGACGGCUCCUUCCUCAUGCACAUCGGCGGCGAGGUGGACGUGAGGAGCGCCUACUGCGCCGCCUCGGUGGCGUCGCUCACCAACGUCCUCACGCCCGCGCUCUUCGCCGGGACGGCCGAGUGGAUCGCGAGGUGCCAGAACUGGGAGGGCGGCAUCGGCGGGGUGCCGGGCAUGGAGGCCCACGGCGGGUACACCUUCUGCGGCGUGGCGGCGCUGGUCAUCCUGAAGAAGGAGCACCUGCUGAACCUCCGCAGCUUGCUGCACUGGGUGACCGGCCGGCAGAUGCGCUUCGAGGGCGGCUUCCAGGGCCGCUGCAACAAGCUGGUGGACGGCUGCUACUCCUUCUGGCAGGCCGGGCUGCUGCCCCUGCUGCACCGCGCGCUCCACGCCCGGGACGACGCGGCGCUCAGCAUGGCGCGCUGGAUGUUCGACCAGUCGGCGCUGCAGGAGUACAUCCUCCUGUGCUGCCAGUGCCCGGCCGGCGGGCUGCUCGACAAGCCGGGCAAGUCCCGGGACUUUUACCACACCUGCUACUGCCUGAGCGGGCUGGCCAUCGCCCAGCACUUCGGCAGCGGCGACCUCCACCACGAGGUGGUCCUGGGCGUCCCCGAAAACCGCCUGCAGCCCACGCACCCCGUCUACAACAUCGCCCCGGAGAAGGUGGUGAAGGCGGUGAUGCACUUCUUGCAGCAGCCCGUGCCCAGCCUGGAGGCGGCGGGGUAAGGGCCCCGCUCCCCUGGGACGGCGCGGCCGAGCAGAGCGAGGUCCUCAGGGUGCUAGCCAUACCAAAAAACGGCUGGCCGCCGCCCUCCCCGCGGGAGCCGAGGGCGCC